AGAGUACAUCAAAUCAUGAUGGACCCGCAAGACGGACGGUCAGCGAUUGGCCGGCGAUCUCACAGCUAGUAGCCAACUGCGUCACUGGAACUUUCACAAACAAAAGGGCAUCGCAUUCAACCCAUCUCCGCCUGCGCUCUGCAAAUUCUAGGGAGGGAAGAGCGAAGAGUAACAAUCAAAGAGAUAGAGAGAGAGAUGGUGACGUCGUCGGUGGUGAACACAUACCCUCUCUCAAGCUACACAUUUGGCACCAAAGAGCCCAAGAUGGAGAAAGACACUUCGGUCGCUGAUCGUCUCGCUCGCAUGAAAGUCAACUAUAUGAAGGAGGGGAUGAGAACGAGCGUGGAGGCAAUUCUAUUGGUCCAGGAACAUAAUCAUCCCCACAUACUUCUUCUACAAAUUGGAAACACAUUUUGCAAACUUCCUGGUGGGCGUCUUAAGCCAGGGGAAAAUGAAAUUGAAGGCUUGAAAAGAAAGCUGUCGAGCAAGCUUGCUGCUAAUUCACCAGCUCUUCAGCCUGAUUGGAAGAUAGGUGAAUGUGUGGCUGUCUGGUGGAGGCCAAACUUUGAGACCAUAAUGUACCCAUACUGUCCUCCUCACAUAACUAAACCAAAGGAGUGUAAAAAGCUUUUUGUUGUUCAUUUGUCGGAAAGAGAGUAUUUUGCAGUGCCAAAAAAUUUGAAACUUCUUGCUGUUCCAUUGUUUGAACUCUAUGAUAAUGUUCAGAGAUAUGGGCCAGUUAUAUCCACCAUUCCGCAGCAGCUGUCCAGAUUCCAGUUCAACAUGAUCACCGCAUGAGUUUAUGAAAUCCAGGGUUUUACCACAGGGUAGGAUUCAUAAGGGAGCUUUUAUGAUAGGUUUCAGAGGAGUUUUUGUUUAAUCAGAAUGGGAUCUAAGCUUAUGCAGAUGACCAAACAAGUUCGACUUGGUUCUACACUGUACUCAUGCUGAUUCAAACUUUUGUUUGCCUGUGCUUUUGUUAGUUUAGGUUCUAUCUUCAAACAAGGUCUGUCGUUAAUGCACGUCAAUUGUUUUGUAAUUAUGUUUUCUGGAAGUGGGUUUACUACAGAAGGGGAAGUUCGCUCAGUAUAGAUAGAAGUGGUUUGUAUUUCGCUCCGGUGGUGCUUAUAUAUUUCAGCGGAACAACAGUUGAACAGCUGGUUAUGCUGACGAAAGUAGGAUUCAUCUGUCCUGUGUCAAGUUUGGCAUUCUUGUAUGCUGUGAUGUUUUCAGCAGUGUGGUAGUUUUGGAAGUCUGUUGGGUCCAUUUUCUAUCAUUUUAAGUGAUGUGAUGGAUUUAUGUUGCAUCAUAGGUUUAUAGGAGCCAACAAGGCACUGUUCUUGAGCUAAUGUAUUAUGUGUAUUUGUUUUGGGGAUUAUGUGUCCAUUUCUAUCAUUUUAAGUGAUGUGAUGGAAUUGUGUUGCAUCCUUAAUUUGUAGGAGCUAACAAGACACUAUCUUGAGCUAGAGUAUUAUUUGUAUUUGUUUUUGGGGAUUAUACAUCCUGAAUACGUCUUCAGUUAUUAGGAACUUCAUGUGGUCUCA